AUGGAGCACGUAACCGAACACGCCAAAGAAAUCUCUCCGAUUCAUACCUCCGAUAGUGAGGAUUAUUCCGAUGAACAUCCCGAUCAUCCCGACUCCCUGGAACUCGCUCGCAUCAACACAUACCGUCUGCAGCAACGUGCUACGGUAGGAUCCACGAGAGGUCCUGAGCCUCGCCAGGAAUGGCUGCCCAUGGGUGCUGGGAAAGAGUAUCCGCCUUCGCUUCCUGAUCCAGAGAAAUAUGUCGUCGAGUUCGAUGGUGCAGAUGAUCCUCUGCAUCCUUGGAACUGGUCUAUUAUUCGGAGAACUGUCCUAGUCACCAUCCUCUGCUAUUGUACCUUCGCAACAGCCUUUACCAGCGCCGUCUUCUCUGCAGCAGUCAACGCCGUGAGUGAGGAAUUCCAUGUCGGUCGAGAAGUCAGUACCCUCGGAGUCACGCUGUAUGUUCUCGGGUUCGCUGCCGGACCGACUAUUUGGGCACCCGCCUCUGAACUCAUCGGACGACGCUGGCCGUUGUCCAUUGGACUCUUUGGAUGUGGUAUCUUCACCAUUGCCUCUGCCACCGGGAAAGAUAUCCAGACCAUCAUGAUCAGUCGCUUCUUCGCCGGUCUCUUUGCCGCCAGUCCCGUCUCGCUUGUCCCCGCCGUCUUUGCCGACCUGUUCAGCGCAGCGCACCGUGGAGUUGUCAUGUCGAUCUUUUGCAUGGCUGUGUUCAUCGGCCCGUUUGCUGCGCCAUUCGUGGGUGGAUUCAUUGCCGCGAGCCCGUUGGGAUGGCGUUGGACCAUGUACAUCUCGUCAAUCAUGGUCUUCCUUGCCUUUGUGCUGGUGUUCUUCUUCCUGGAUGAGUCGUAUGCCCCUGUGAUCCUGGUCCGCAAGGCUGCUGUCCUCCGCCGACAGACCCGUAACUGGGGCAUCCACGCCAAGCAGGACGAGGUGGAAGUCGACAUCAAGGAACUAGUCCGGAAUAACUUCACUCGUCCGUUGUCAAUGCUCAUCACGGAGCCGAUCCUGCUUCUCAUCUCUCUGUAUAUCUCUUUCGUGUAUGGCCUUAUCUAUGCCCUUCUUGGUGCGUACCCGGUCGUCUUCGAUGACGUGUAUGGAAUGAGCGCAGGGGUGGGAGGACUCGCAUUCAUCGGUCUUAUCCUGGGAGAGCUGAUUGGAGGUGUCUUUAUCCUCUGUCUGCAGGGAUCAUAUAAGCGCAAGCUGGCGGCGAAUGGGGGCAAGCCUAUUCCUGAAUGGCGUCUUCCGGCUGCGAUUGUUGGCGCUGUUGCGUUUGCUAUUGGCAUGUUCUGGUUCGGUUGGACUGGGUACACGAACCAGAUCCACUGGAUGGCUCCGACAGCAGCUGGUAUUCUGAUCGGAUUUGGCAUUCUGUGCAUCUUCCUGCAGUGCUUCAACUAUAUCGUUGACUGCUAUCCCACUCUGGCUGCAUCCACCAUUGCGGCAAACACUAUUCUCCGGUCGGCCGUGGGCUGCGUCUUCCCGUUAUUCUCGCGGCAAAUGAUGGUCAAUUUAGGCGUGCAGUGGGCAGGCACUCUGCUGGGAUGUAUUGCUGCCAUUAUGAUCCCUAUGCCCGUUGCGUUUAUGAUCUUUGGGCCCUGGAUCCGUCAGCGAAGUAAGCUGGCUGCGUCACCGGCUCGUGAUAUGGAAAAGACCAGUAAUGCUUAA